CUGUCUGACGCGUGUUCGCCUCAAGACUUUGGAAACCGAAGUCAAACCGAAGUUGACACGGCCAGUCGCGAUUGAAUUCCCUCACUUGGCCCGAACCCUCAACCAACCACAACAAAAUGAGCUCUAAGAAAGAGAAGCCCAUCCACUCUCUGAUCGCGGGUACGACUGCUGGAGCAAUUGAAGCAUUCGUGACAUACCCCACUGAGUUCGUGAAGACCCGGUCACAGUUUGGUGGACAGCGAGAGUCGCCCUUGACUAUCAUCCGCUCGACUUUACGCGACAAGGGUGUAACGGGUCUGUAUUCGGGUUGUUUGGCACUCGUGAUAGGCAAUUCAGUCAAGGCUGGCGUUCGAUUCGUGAGCUAUGACCACUUCAAGAGCAUGCUUGCAGACGCGGAGGGCAAUGUCAGUGCGCCUAGAAGUCUAGUGGCUGGUCUUGGAGCUGGUGUGAUGGAGGCUAUCAUUGCUGUUACCCCUUCAGAGACUAUCAAGACCAAAAUGAUCGAUGAUGCCAAACGUCCAAAUCCGCAAUAUCGCGGUCUUGCUCAUGGAACGAUGUCUAUAAUUCGACAGGAUGGCAUACUCGGCAUAUAUCGAGGGCUAUUUCCUGUUAUGAUGCGUCAAGGAGCAAACUCUGCAGUACGCUUCACGACAUACACGACACUCAAACAGUUUGUUCAGGGAACCACGCGACCAGGGCGACAGCUGCCUCCAGGAAUCACGUUUGCAAUUGGUGCGGUAGCUGGUCUGGUGACAGUCUAUACGACACAACCGCUGGACGUGAUCAAGACGCGGAUGCAGUCGCUAUCAGCGCGCCAGCAGUACCGUAACUCUUUCCACUGUGGAUAUCGGAUCCUGACUGAGGAGGGAAUCUUCCGGUUUUGGACUGGCACAACGCCACGACUGGCCAGAUUAGUAAUCAGUGGAGGCCUCGUGUUCACGGUAUAUGAGAAGAUUAUCAGUGUCAUCGGUGGUCGAGAGCAGGAGUAGCGGUCCACACAAAAUGUUCUCGAACUAAGUAUGUCAUCACCAACGUACUCCUCGCGAGCGCGAUAUGAAUGUCUGAAUGUGCGGGCGGUCUUCCAUGCCACAUCAGCCUCAUCUUUUACAACCUUACAGUGAUUCAUGAGCAGAUUGUACAGGGUACAAGUGACAGUAAGUGCUAGCACACCAGGCUCAAUACCAGCGAUGCUCCCACGCAUAGUCACAGUCCCUCAAAGCUAAAGUUCACUCUCUGAGUCAGUCAUGAAGUCCGUAAAGUUUCUUCUUUUUCUUUUCUUUUUUUUCUCUCUGUAUUUUCUUCCUUAGUAGUCAUAAUUUGGAAAAAUCCCGAUUCGAGUUUAUGA